AUGAAGCUGUUACCAGUUGUGCUGUUGACGCUGGGUGUUACCUUCUGCUGGGCUAAACCUGCUCCCCAAGAGCUGCCAGAUAUGCCAGUUGAAAUGAACACCGCUGAUAAAAUGGAAACCGUUUCGGUCGUAAACGAGGCGGAAGCUACUACAGUCACUGCAUCAACUACCACCACUGUGCAGUCCAUGUCAUCUGAAGCUGUAACGUCCGUGGGAACCUCGUCUACAACUGCUGCAUCUCCAAUGGACGAAGCCGUCACAAGCGAAACCACGGUCGUGAUGGUGGUUCCGGAGUCUUCCCCUGCUAGCCAGGUCGCAUCAGAAUCUUCAACUGCCAGUCAGGAUGUGGUGGAAUCGUCCACCAGCAGUCAACCAGCCUCAACACCAUCGACCGUUGCUACCGAACCUGUCAGUGUACAGACGAGUGAGGAACCUGCCAGUAACACCGGUGCAACUGCUGCUCAAGAAUCUUCAACCCGCUCGGCAGUGGAAUCAUCCGAUACCAACACGGAACCGGCGGCUGUCAGCUCAUCCGCAGCUGAAGGUGAGCAGGUGACAACGGCAUCGAACACCGACACGACCCAGGUACCAAACGCCGAAGCAAGGGAUGCCACCAACAUGGGACAGACAUCAGCAAGCGAUGCGACCGUCUCAGCUGCAAGUACUCCUGCUGCCGCUGCUGUUACGACUGCUGAAGUGAGCGAUACCACCACCACUCCUUCAUCAACUACAACAACAACAACCGCUGGUAGUGUUUCUACUACAGAACCGGUGUCUACCACAUCUGCCGCACCAGUAUCAGUCGAGGUUACUACCACCACCACCACCACUACCACCACUACUACCGCUGCCUCGACGGAGGUCGAUGCGUCCAAUGACUCUUCGUCCGGAUCUACGGAGAGUGCAUAA